AGAAACUUCGCAACUGGGAAGUCCAGAAUGCGUCGUUGAUUUCCUCACAGGACCUGGGGCAGAUUUGGAAGGAACUGUGCAAUGUAGGGUGUUCUUUGUGAAAGAAGAGCAGUGUGCAAAGCCGCAGGAACGCCCUCCAGGGUGUCCCCGGCACUGACCCUUGGCACGAUGGCUUGCAUCAGCCCCAUUUCUCGCAGAGGGUGCCAUGGAGAGGAAGUUGGCAGGGGCCUGGCCCUGGGUCUGGGGACUCCACGCGGGGCCCAGGACUCUCCUCUGAGUUAUUAGCAGCCCCGUGAGGAAGACUAGCUCUUCUCUGAUGAAGCCUGGAAUGGUCCCCCCUCCUCUCGGAGAGGAAAGCCAGAUUGUUGUCCUUCCACCUGGCUGGCAGAGCUACCUGUCUCCUCAGGGCCGCCGUUACUAUGUCAACACGACCACCAAUGAGACCACCUGGGAACGUCCCAGCAGUUCUCCUGGGAUUCCAGCCAGCCCUGGCCCUCACAGGAGCUCUCUGCCUCCAACAGUGAAUGGAUACCACGUGGCAGGGACCCCAGCGCACCCUCCCGAGACUGCCCACAUGAGUGUCCGAAAAUCCACCGGUGAUUCCCAGAACCUGGGAUCCUCAUCACCAAGCAAAAAGCAGAGCAAGGAAAACACCAUCACGAUAAACUGCGUGACGUUCCCACACCCAGACACGAUGCUGGAACAGCAGCUGUUGAAACCGACCGAGUGGAGCUAUUGUGACUAUUUCUGGGCUGAUAAGAAGGACCCCCAAGGCAAUGGCACGGUGGCUGGGUUUGAGCUUCUGCUUCAGAAGCAACUGAAGGGCAAGCAGAUGCAGAAGGAAAUGUCAGAAUUCAUCCGGGAGAGGAUAAAGAUCGAAGAGGAAUACGCGAAAAACCUAGCUAAGCUCUCUCAGAACUCCUUGGCUGCUCAGGAGGAAGGCUCCUUGGGAGAAGCGUGGGCCCAGGUGAAGAAGAGCCUCGCGGAUGAGGCAGAAGUCCAUCUCAAGUUCUCUGCCAAGCUGCACAGCGAGGUGGAGAAGCCCCUGAUGAACUUCCGAGAAAACUUCAAGAAAGACAUGAAGAAGUGUGACCACCACAUCGCGGACCUCCGCAAGCAGCUGGUCAGCCGCUACGCCGCGGUGGAGAAGGCCCGGAAGGCCCUCACGGAACGGCAGAGAGACCUGGAGAUGAAGACCCAGCAGCUGGAGAUCAAGCUGAGCAACAAGACGGAGGAGGACAUCAAGAAGGCACGGAGGAAGUCCACGCAGGCUGGAGAUGACCUCAUGCGCUGUGUGGACCUCUACAACCAAGCCCAGUCCAAGUGGUUUGAAGAGAUGGUGACCACCACACUGGAGCUGGAGCGGCUGGAGGUAGAGAGGGUGGAGAUGAUCCGGCAGCACCUAUGUCAGUACACACAGCUGCGGCACGAGACAGACAUGUUCAACCAAAGCACAGUCGAGCCUGUGGACCAACUGCUUCGAAAAGUGGACCCAGCCAAAGACAGGGAGCUGUGGGUCAGAGAGCACAAGACGGGCAACAUCCGCCCCGUGGACAUGGAGAUUUAGACAGGCACGCACGGCCCCGGGGGUCCUGC